AGGACAUGCACAGUGUGAAGCAGCAGCAGCAGAAGAAGACGUUUAUUCUCUUCUUUGUGGGUUUUUGACCGCCGGAAGUGAAGCGGGGAGGUCUCACUCUGUGGAGACUCUCAGAGUUCAGGACCCUGCUGGAACCUGGACUAGAAGAAUCCUCUGCGGGGGGACUGGUCUCUGUUCUGGUCUCGUGAACUGACCUGCUGCAGAACACACAGUUCAAAGUCUCGGCCAUCUCUGAGGGACCAGGAUGAAGACGUGAACACAUGAAGCAAUGAUUGGAUUAGACCUCUGGCAGCUCCUCCCACUCCUCUGAUUUCACUAUGAAGGUGGAGCCCGUCCGACUGAGGAAGAGGAAGAGAGUUUGAGCAGGAUGUUGCCCCGCCCCCCUGACCACCACAUCAACAAAAGACCUGAAGAAGAAAAAGAGGAGUUUAGUCCUCCUCCUCUUCCUCCUGUUACAAUGUCAACCUCAGAGGACGUCCAAUCAGAGCCUGCCGCGAGUCCACCGGCAAAUCGGGACAUGAGCUCAGACUCGGGGGAGGAGACGACGGCCGCUCUCUCGGACUCCGGCAGCGUGGUGUUACCAUGGCAACAGAUGGAGGAGGAGCGCGACGAGGAGGAGACUCAGGCGGUGGCCUCGUCGCCCGAUGGACGAUUCCUCAAGUUCAACAUCGAGAUUGGACGAGGAUCCUUCAAGACGGUUUACAGAGGCCUCGACACCGAGACCACGGUGGAGGUGGCCUGGUGUGAGCUGCAGACUCACCGCCUGAACAAGGCGGAGCGUCACAGGUUCAAUGAGGAGGUGGAGAUGCUGAAAGCUCUGCAGCAUCCAAACAUCGUCCGAUUCUUCGACUCCUGGAAGUCGACACUGAGGGGCCACAAGUGCACCAUCCUGGUGACGGAGCUCAUGACGUCCGGGACCCUCAAGACGUACCUGCGCAGGUUCCGUCAGAUGAAGCUGAAGCUGCUGCAGCGUUGGAGCUUUCAGAUCUUGAAGGGUCUUCAGUUCCUGCACUCGCGCUGCCCCCCCAUCCUGCAUCGGGACCUCAAGUGUGACAACGUCUUCAUCACCGGACCCACCGCCUCCGUCAAGAUUGGAGACCUGGGCCUCGCCACGCUCAAGAAGGCCUCGUUCGCCAAGAGCGUCAUCGGGACCCCAGAGUUCAUGGCUCCAGAGAUGUACGAGGAGAAGUACAACGAGGCCGUGGACGUCUACGCCUUCGGCAUGUGCAUCCUGGAGAUGGCGACGUCCGAGUAUCCAUACUCCGAGUGUCAGAACGCCGCCCAGAUCUACCGCAAAGUCACAAGCGGGAUCAAACCAGACAGUUUCGCCAAAGUCAAAGUCCCAGAGCUGAAGGAGAUCAUCGAAGGCUGCAUACGGACCAGCAGCAGCGAGAGGUUCACGGUUCAGGACCUGCUGGACCACCGGUUCUUUCAGGAGCAGCUCGGGGUGAACGUGGACCUGGCGGAAGACGAUGACGGCUCGAAGGCGGCGCUGAAGCUCUGGCUCCGGAUGGACCACAACAAGAAGCUACACGGGAAAUACAAAGACAACAACGCUAUCGAGUUCCUGUUCGAGCUCUACAAAGACGUCCCUGAGGAGGUGGCCCAGGAGAUGGUGGUGCUGGGCUUCCUGUGUGAGGCGGACUAUAAGCUGGUUGCCAAAGCGAUCAGGCACAGAGUGACGGCCAUAAAGCGUCAGCGGGACAAACGGCGUCGCCUGCUGGAGGAGGAGCCCGACCCCGCCGCCCAACCACCGGAAACAGCCAAUCAGAAGCCCUCAGCUGCUACAGGCACAUCUGCUUCUGGGAAGGGAGCCAAUCAGCCGGACGCAGCUGCUGCUUCAGCAUCCGCCCCCGCCUGGAUGCAAACCCCGCCCCCAGUAACAUCAUCGACGCUGUCAUUGAGCAGCAGCCCAGUGGAUUCUGGGAUCAGCAGCGUCUCCAGCAGGACGGAAGGAGACGGAGACGAGGAGGAUGACAAGACGUCCAAACCCACCUCCCACUCCCCGGCUGCAUCGGACUGUGAGAUUGACAGCUCCUCAGGUGUCCCAGAGAUUGAAGCCCCACCCCCUCUCGUUACAAACCCCGCCCCCCUCUCCUCUAUCCCUGGCCCUGCUCAGGUGGCUCAGGAAACCCCUCGACCCGUGGCUGCUCCUCGCCCUCUGGUCCGCACUCCCUCCAGAGGUCCGCCCCUCCCGGUGCUGCGUUUCCCCAAGAGCAUCGCCGUGUCUCACAAUGCAGAACGACCAUCUCCUGGAUCAGUCUGUGGCUUCUCAUCACCUGUCGACAGCUACGCCUCUGAUGUGACCUCAGGUCUGAGUGACGGCACUGACGGCCAAUCAGACAAGGGCAACAAGGACGUAACCAAGCGGACGGCGACGAAGCAGCUCAGGAGGAGAGCAAGGGCUCGUCUGAAGAUCACAGGGGUGUCAGACCUGGGGGACCGGGUGGUGGAGUGUCAGCUGCAGACUCACAACAGUAAAAUGGUGACCUUUAAGUUUGACCUUGAUGGAGACAAUCCAGAGGACAUCGCCUCAGUGAUGAUCCACAGAGACUUCAUCCUGCCAUCAGAGCGAGAAGGAUUCAUCCUCCGCAUGUAUGACAUCAUCGAGAGGGCGGAGUCUAUGAUGCAACAACAGCAGCCAGCCAACAUGGACAGGUUAUCUCACCUGACCGCCUCCAUGCCGCCCGAGGCCACGGGGAACCUGCCGGUCCAAAGCCUCUCCAGGACUCUGUCCUCGUCUUCACUUCCUGACAUUGCAGAUGCUGACUCCUCCCCCAUGAAGGGUGUAGACUUCCACAUCGACCCUGAGGCCACACCCUCCGUCAGAUCCCUGAGGUCACAGUCGUUUCACACCUCUUCAGCUUCCUCCCAUCAGCCUCCCUCAUACCUGCUCCAUUACUCCCACCCAGACUCUGCCCCUCUUCCCCAGUAUCACCUCCCGUCUCCCCCCAACUCCCCCUACACUGCCCCCUACCCCACCCAGACUGCCUCCACCGGCCUCCCCCAAAUCCACAGCAACCCCUCCCUCCUCACGCCCUCGUCCCCUGCCUCAGCUCCUCCCCCUCCCCCUCCUCCUCCUCCUCUUCCUCCGCCUCCUCCUCACUGGCCUCCCCCUGACCAGCCUCUCUUCUCUCUGGCCAACGUUCUCUCUCUGGCCAUGAGUGUGGCCCACUCCCUCAUGCCCCCAACAGGGACCCCCAACCAGGGCUUCCAUCCCCAGGCCUUGUCUCCCCCGUUCCCCUCCCCCCAGGCUUCCCUCUCUCCCCCCAUGUCUCCCGCCCUGAGCUCAAAGCUCUAUCCUCUAAGUCAAGCCUCCUUCUCCCCUCCCUUCGCCUCCUACCGCCCUCCCACCCCUCAGACAGGCUCCGUCCCCGAGAGUCAGCAGGGUGCGCCGCCCAGCCGGACUCCAGACACACCUCAGGGACAGCCUCACAGCUCUGCUCAGCUGAAGGUCGGCUCAGCACCGCCCCCUCAUGGCUCAGAGACCAUCUCAGCUCCCAGUCUGACCAGUGCUCCCAGUCUGUCCAGUGCUCCCAGUCAUAGAGGAGCGCUCUCUGACCCAUCCACCUCCUCACCGCCUCCUGUCUCCACUCCUCACAACAGAGUGUCCUCCACUAUCUCCCCGUCACCCAGACUGUCCCCCAUACAGGAAGUGAGGAAAACUUCCAUCUUCACCGUCGGCCGUUUCAAGGUGACGCCCUCUAAAGACACACCUCCUGUUCCUAGCCAAGAGCCACGCCCCCUGUGUCAGGCCACACCCACUGCACACUCUCCGCCUCCAUCCAGACAGGACCAAUCAGAGAGCUCAGAGUGCAGCACAGAGGACCAGAGCGAAUCAGAGAGCAGCAUCAGCUCAGUGACCGUAUCCCCAACUGGACAACUUCUGGGUUACUGUGACAACCCUGGAGGACAGGACGAAGAGGAGAGGAGGAGGAGAGAAGAGGAGGAAGAGGAGGAGAAGAAGAGGAGGAGCAGCCGGAGGCUGAGCGUCAGCCUGUGGGAGGGGAUGACCGGCAGCCCCGGUCAAUCAUGGAGCCGCUCCGCGUCCUGCAUCAGCUCUGACGAAUCAGAGAGCGAGAACGAGGAGAUGUGGGUGGAGCUAGAGCAGCUGCGUGAAAGACACCUGGCAGAGGUGCACAACCUGCAGGCCAGUCAGAAGCGAGAGAUUGAGGACUUGUACCUGAGGAUGGGUAAAGUCCCGCCCCCUGGCAUCGUCUCUCCAGCUGCCAUGUUAAACCAACGCCAACGCCGCCUCUCCAAGACCGGAAACUACCCUCCAUCUCGCAAAAACAGCCUGCAGAGACUGGACGUGCUGCCCCCUGCAGGUAUCAUGAGGAAGAACUCGGUGAGCGGCAGCAGCAGUGGAUCUCAGGACCGAGCAGGGAAAGGUGUGACCUUCGCCCCUGAACACAGCUGCAAGAGAGACUCGACUGAUUCUGUGUUUCUACAUUAAAACAUUGUGUUGUCUUCAACCCUCCAGUGAGAGAGAAGCUGCUGAUGAAGAGGACGAGUCCUGAACAUACAGCACUUUAUUAUCAGACCAGCAGAGACAUAAACAUCUGUGGACUCCGUCUGAAGAGUUCAGAUCUGUUCUCGCUCGUUUGUUGUUUUUCUUGGUUUUAUAUUUUGAACUGAGUUUCAAACAUUUUAAUGACUUUUAGAGAAAUAUUGAACCAUUUUGAUAUUACAGCCAUUCUGAAAAAAUACUUGAGAAACGUCUGGAAAACACAUGUGCCUUUGAACGCAUCAUGAGAAACAUCUGAAAAACACAUGUGCCUUUGAAUGCAUCACACGUGAAACAUCUGAAAAACACAUGUUCCUUUGAACGCAUCACACAUGACCUGCUGUUUCACAUUAUUCAGGUGUGUUUUCAUCGUGAGGGAAGACGAAGUGUUGAGCUGACGAGCGUCCUGAACGAACAGGUUUUUAACUCGUCAGAUUGUCCUUCAGAUGAUCAGUUUUUACUCAGGAGGCUUUUUACAGACAAGGAAUCUGUUUGCCGUGUUUCAUAUUCAACAUGGGAAUGCAGCUUGAUUUGGUCUUUUACUCCACUUUGAAACAUCGUCUGGUACGUUUCACUUUAAUGACUCCGAUUUACAGUCAAUGUUUGUACGAGCAUAAUGUCACUGUGAGCAGCUUUAAAUGUGUUUGAGUGUUCAGGAUGUGUUUUAGCUUCAGUUACAUUAACUCACAGCUGUUUCAGUCUGUAGUUAUUUGUUGUGGGUUGGUCCUGCAGUCGUCGGCCCUGCAGCCUGUCGGUCCUGCAGCCUGUCGGUCCUGCAGCCGACGGCCCUGCAGCCCGUCGGUCCUGCAGCCUGUCGGUCCUGCAGUCGUCGGCCCUGCAGCCUGUCGGUCCUGCAGUCGUCGGCCCUGCAGCCGUCAGUCCUGCAGCCGUCGGCCCUGCAACUGUUCGCUGACACACAGAGUGAUGCUCUUGUAUACACUUGUAUACUGACUCAUAUCUGCUGUCAGUCUGUGAUACAGCUGUUAAUUAUCCAUGUUACCUGAAUGUGUCUGGAAUCACAGUGUGCCUUAUUUAAACAUUAUUGAUCGAGAGGCUCGGCUGCAGAUUCUCUGUCAAAAUAUUAAAAUUAUAUUUAAAAGCC